AUUUCCGCUUCCGACCCAGAGGCCGUCUCUGGACUGGUGAUCAUUUCGAAGAUUGAACAUGCAUAACAUAUGACUUUAGCAUAGCCAUUUAAAAUUUCAUCAGCUGUAAAUUCUAUUCAUUUCGAUGGCUUCAGAAAACGAUAAUGGGACAAAUUUCUUACAAAGAUUCAACCAGAAGAUCGAAGAUGAGCUUCCUGGUGAUCGGCAGAGAGCUCUAUUUUUUAGUUCUUUAAUAGUUUUAAUGUUCUGGUCGAUCUAUCUUGCUCACUAUAAUUCUAGGGUACUCGGAUUAUUAUUCACAGCCAUACUAAACAGAGUGAUUAAGAAAUAUGGCCAUAUCAAAUUUGGUUCGUUUAGUCUAUCCAUCAUCUCAGGCAAACUCAUGUUUCGAGAUGUUCAUUUUGCUAAUGAGGAUUAUUCAAUUAGAAUUCAAUAUGGAUAUGCUAUCUUCCGAUACUGGAGAUUAUUUAAAGAGAAUGUUGAAGACAUGUCAAAUAAUGAGACAAGAUUGUCAAUUUUUAUUGAAAGUGUUGAAUAUCAUGUAUAUAAUAGAACACAGACAUAUGAAAGACUUCAAAAAUUAUUUGGAUUUGAAGAUGAUGAUCCAGUUGCGACAACAGAUGAACGCAGGUCUGAUCAAGGUCUAAUGGCUGAUAAAAACAGCUCUAACAGAACCCAGUGGCAAUGGAGAGAUCUCAUUCCAUUGAUUAAAGUUGACAUGGCGUCUGUAAAAGUGAUUUUUGGUAAUUAUCUAGUCCCAUACUCUUUAACGAUUAAUGCUGGCGAAGGACAGCUAUCGUACUGGUCUCGAAUAGAUAACGCUCGAUUUAAUCAUAGAACACACUAUGCCGAAACAAAAUUAACAAAUUUUAAAGUACAAUUAAUACCUUCUCCCGGAUUCGGUAAAAAGGAUCUCAAAGGCCUUUCGGAGCGUAUCAGUAAAGAAUUUAAAGAAACACCUCCUAGAUUAAUGGAGGAAGGCUAUGUAUUUUUAAAAACAAAUUCAAUUAGCAUACGCUAUACAAUGGAUGAACCAGGUACAGUCUCUCACCAACCUGAAAAGAUUCGAUUGGUUAAUGGCGAGUGGAUGUCUGAAAGAAUGUAUCCAAAUUGGAGUAUGGAAGUUAAGUGCAAAAAGGGUAAAGGAACAGAAAUAAAUUAUAGCCCAUGGGCUGAUCGGCAAAGGGAUUUGCUAUGGAAGCUGUUUUUCCCUUCGGAUUACCAACCUCUGGUACCAACUGUUGAGCCUGAGCCUAAUCAACCGAGAAUUUAUAAGGAAUUUGAAUUUAAAUUAAGUUUCGAAGAGGAACUAAACUCUGAUAUUCUUUUUAACAAUGACGAAGGUGUAACUCAAGCGCUCCAUCUCACAGCUCAAAAAGGCAGCUAUUUAGAAUUUACUAUACCUUGGAUAGUAGGAGAGGAGGGUUAUAUUACAAAAGUUAACGGCCAAUUAAUGAUGUUAGAAGCGACAACAGGACUUGAUUUUAGACAAUUAUUAGAUUGCGAAACAUUUCAAUUUGAUUCCGAGAUUCAUUAUCCUUUAGAGUGGAAUGACCAUCAACUAUGGAAGUUUGAUAUUACAGCCUGCAAAGCUAAUACUUAUUUAAUUUUUGAUCACAAACAUUUUGUUACGAAUUUAGUAAGUGAUUGGUCCUCGAAAUCUAGGCUUGACCUGUAUCAUUUCAUUCCCUACACCUGGCAAUGCAAUGUGAGAAUAAAAGAAUUCUGUAUCGUUACACUCUGUAAUGAAUGGAACUGGAUAGAUUGUACAACAACUGUAAGCUCGAAACCGUCCGGAAACUGUCAUUUAGCGUUGAAUGGAGAUUCCUUUUUUUUAAGUUUCAACCUACCCUUUACAGAGUUUUUACCGUCAACCGUAGAUGUUGGAGUUGAAAUUGAAGCUAGAGAUGCUAAUCUUCGAUUAUAUUUGCCUGAAACUCACACCACUAGAUAUUCGGUUACUGCUUUAUCAAAAAAUUUAAGAGUGAUUAAUAGAUCAAACGAAGAAGUAAAUAAUCCAUUUGGAAUAGCUUCAGAAGAAACAGGUAAACCUGAAACAACAAACACCUUUUCCACUCAUAAACAGGGUUGGUCUGGAAUUUGUUACACUGAUAAUGGAUGGGUUGAAUGUUGGAAAUCGCCUUGCGUUAAUAUUUCUCUGGUUUAUACCUAUCAUCCCAUUCCUCCGACAAUUAAAAAUGACGAUAUUAGUGGAAAUUCAGCUAAGAGAGAAAACUUUGACCCUGAAAGCUUAGAACCGGAUUUAAUAAAUGUUAAAGUCGACUUGGCUCCAAGUGAAGUUGUUGCUUAUGGAAGUUUACUUAAGUGUUUUCUGGCAGUCAAGGAAAACUACCUUGGGGGAGAUCAACUAUACUUCAGCUUAGAUAAAACCAUUGACAAACCUCCUCCAAUUUAUAAAACAAGAGAUAAUGAACCAUUUGAUCCAAGAUAUUAUAGAUCAUUUUCUGUUAUAGCUAAAGUUAACGUUCGUAAAAUUAGAGCUCAUUUACCUAAAAAUUGUACUCCUAAAGACGCUCCAUGUGCCUUUUUGUAUAUAGAACAUGUUGGGGUUGAGAUUGAUAAAUGUUUCCGUGAAACUAAAAUUCAGGUCUUAACUACUCCAUGUGCUAUUUCUGUAACUGAUAAAAUACUUCGGCGGGAUGGUUCUAAGCAUCUGGAGAAAGGACAUUUAAUGUUAAGUGCCCUACAGAUAAGAGGACAUGCUAUGUUUAGUCAGUGCGGGCUGCCAUUGGAAAGCGAGACAUUAGAGUAUGGUUGGCUAGUCGAAAUUAUGGUUGGAGAACUAACGGGACGUUUGACCGUUCCUCAAUUGCAAACUAUCGUCGAAGCCCUACAAACUUUUGUCAUGCUAGUAGAUGAUUCUGAGAAUGAAUUAACUUGCCCCUUACCGUAUCAUUGCCAGCACAUGAAAUAUUAUAAAGAUUGUACAGAGCAACGGCGAAGUUUACCUAGCUGCCCAUCGUCAGAGAACUUAAAGUAUAGAAUGACAAGAGCUUCUAUUGACUGCAUAGAUUUUUAUCUUGUUGAAUCUGAUACAGCUCUAAAUCUAUUAGUAAAACCUAUUAGAGCAGCGAAUUGCAAUUUGCAUUCUAAUCAUCAUAGUGAAGGCUUAACUGUAACUGUCGAUCGAUGUCACCUAAAGCAAUACUUAUCAUAUGGCAACACAUGGGUUGAAUGUGGUAGCCUUCAAUUAGGAAGAGUGGCUUUUGAUGCCGGAAUGGCUUUACCUCAUCCAGACUUAUUAACUGCUCAAAAAGAAUUCUUGAAUAAGCAUGAUGCUAAGACAAAACGUUUAUACUUUUUGUGGAGAGAAAUGUCGAAAUCAUCAAGAAAAUGUGGUUGUGUUGGUAACUGUUUAUUUUUUGGAGAAAACCGUUUGGGAAGAAGAUUCUUUGGAAAUGAUAAAUCAUCGCUAUCCUCUUUAACUAUCCCUCACAUAUCUCCUGUGCCAUUUUUUGGCUUUGGCCAAUCAAUCUUAUCCCCUAAUCGCUUUUUACUAGAUAAAGACAUUCAAACUUUUAAAUAUGAUAAAUUCUCCUCACCUCCCACAUCAACAACUGUUAUUGACGGCACUGAAUCCAGGCGAACUGAUACUUUUAGCGAUACAUCCUCCGCUAAGGGUCAGAAUUUAUUCCCGGUUACGGAACAAACGUCUUCCGGUUCAAGCAAACAGUCACUAAUAUCCAAGGAAACAGGACACGAUAUAUCGGAUCCUUUUACUAGUAUGUCUUCCGAUACCCUAAUAGAGAAACGUUGUGAUAGUGAAUAUAGCUUUCAAGACGAAGAUUUUAUCAGUCGAACAGUGUCAGUUGCUAGUAGCGAUAGACAUUUAAAUUAUGAGCAUCCAUUUAAGGAGCUCUGUAAAAGAUUUUGGUCUGCUAACGAAGACGAAACAAGCUCUGCUUCAUCAUUCGUAUCAGCUGCUUCAGAUCUGGAUGAAUUAAAUGAUACAAUCGACGAAAAUGAAGUUCAAGAAAGUAACGAUGAUGACGAGGAUGAUACUAUUUUACAAUCGUCUACAACAUCUUCAUCAUCAAAUAAUUUAGAGGAAAAUCCUUACAAUGCACUACCUCAACCGCCAUCUCAAGAAUUUCCAUAUCUCGGUCAUAUGACUCAGUUAGCAUGUGAAGGCUGGAGACCAGAUAGAACUGUUGAAGAUGUUUUUACUGCGGGUUGUGCGUUUGAAUCCAUACAACAAAGUUAUCGCCAACUUAAAUGCCUUCAAAGAUCACUUGUGCCAAAAUUUCAAGUUGAAAAACAAGGCAUAGGACCACAGCUUAUGAUAAAUGAAGAUGACAAAGAUGACAGUAAGAGUGAAAAUGAUUCGGGAUCCAAAGUCAAGAAAACUCCAACAAUUAUAGAAUCUUCUAAGAGAGGUCCUAAUGAAGAAAACGGAAAAAAUCACGUGUCGAAAACAAUGGCAGUUAUUAAAUUAACUGGUUCAAUUGAUGUUUUUAUAUCACCCCUGCUACUUGAUGGCAUAAAACAAUAUAUUGAAUCAAUAACACCAGUUUUAGAACAAUUGCACGCAUGUGGAAUAUUGGAUACAAUGCACGUCAAGUCAAGCAAAGAUGUUAGAGCCCAAAAUAAGAUUCUGGGCUUAAAUUCAACUUUUAAUGAUGGAGUAUUAGAAGUAACAAGAAGAAUCCAAUUUCAAACUCACCUUAGUCGAAUAAAAGUAGUUGUUGUUCAAGCUUCAGACUCUGGUGUUCAAAAAGAUUGCGUGUCAUUAUUAGCAGUGCAAAUAGACUCAGUUAAUUCUACCGUUAUGUUUAAUACUCAAACACACAAGUCUGACUCGAAUUCUAACAGUCCUGAAAAGAAUAGAAAUGGACAAGAUGCUGAACUUGUUCAAGAUAUGUCUGAUAAUAUCCUAAAGGAAGAUCAAGUAGCAACUUUAUCUGUUAAUACAAUCCAUGCCCAAGUUAGACGUCUAAGGCCUUCUUACGAUUCAUCCGUCAAUGAACUUAAAAUCACAGCCCUACCUGAUCAUAGAUCCUGUAGUCGUUUUAGAUUUUUAAAAAAAGAAGCCGGGUAUAAUAUGGUUGAAGCAGGUGUCGGAAAUAUACGAUUAAAAAUGGCCAGAAGACUUGGUUACGGUCCAUCUGAUGAUUCUGCUGAAAAGCCGAAAAGUGGAAGACCCGUUGCCCUUCAAGUUGAAAAUUCAAUAUCAGAAACGGAAGAAUCAAUUACAAAAUUAAAGAAAGUUAUCCCCUCCAAUUCUGAAGACUAUCUUAGAAGAAAAUUGCGAAAGAACUCUCCCUCGGAUGAAAGUGAAAGUACGCCGUGUAAAAGUGACGCUUCAACGUGUAUUUUGGACGUCGAAAAAAUGUGGUUUAAUUGCGCUGCCCCAUCAGGAGGAAAGAAAAUUCUACCAUUGCCUUCAGCAAAUGAUUGGAACUUUUUAAGUACUCUAACACCUGCCAUAGAAGCUUGGAUGAAUAGCGGCCAUAAAUUACAUUAUGCUGUUUCACACAUGAUGAUUGCUAUGCAAAAUCGAAUUACGGGUGUUAUGGCGUGCAUAAUGACUCAAGCGUCAAGUAAUCAGGACAAAAUUCUACAAUUGCCAUCACAAAAGUACAACAAGUACUCUCAAGUUGCAAAGCAAUUGAGGGAAGAUCCAUCGUGCAUCCUAGUUUGUAUCCUCAGAAGAUUUGUUGCAGAGAACGGUGCUGCCUCUAUAGAAAGAGCUAUGCCUCAUAGGCAAUUAAUUGUUGAACCGAGCAUUUCUGAGCUUGUAACACUACAAAAAGGCGUGUUAGCGUUAACAAGGCAUUGGAAGACUUUAUUGUUCUUUAAUCCUAAAACAGAAAUGUCUAAGAAGAAGCAUCAACAAUUCAAUGUUAAAUUUGAUUUAUCGGGGGGGAAACACGAUUCAUUAGAGUCUAGAGGUACAGAUAAUGCUAAUGUAGAGCUCGGGGAAACAGGUGGUGAUAAUGAAGAGAAAAUCUCUUUAUUAAGAACUGAUGAAUGCGAUAUAGAUGAUGAAUUGUCUAUUGAGAAUGAUUUAUUUAGAGCUGAGAGUAGGGAAGGUAGCCCAACAAAAACUUUAGGAAUGAGAUCCUAUUCCUUACCGGGACCGAAUUCUAUUCCAGCCCUCAACUUUUCUACCCUUUUCACCAAAAACGAAUCAAUGCAAUUAAAAAAUAGUACUGGGACUAUAUUUCAAACUGGUAGCAAUGUGGACAUAGGCGAUGUACCUACAGGGGGAAGCACCACACCUAAUAAAAGCAAUAUUCUUCGAUUGCGCCUAAACGAACUCGACUCAAAAGAGAAACACGAAAGUGAUAUUAAUAGGUGGGUUGCGGAACAAGGAAAUUUAAAUGGGAACUCCGACGACUUAGUAUAUCAACAACGCCUUCCAAGAACUGCUUCAAAUGCUGGUCAGGAUUCAGUAUACGCCUACAGCAUUGAUGGAAAUGCUCCUUCGGUUUGCACGAAUACUUUAUUGUCUCGACAUACGAACCAAUGGCGCUUAGUUGACGCACAGAUUCUAUUCAAGCCAUUAUUACGUGCUAUAGGUUUACAUUUGGAAGCUGUUAAAUCGUCAGCUAUGAUGAGAAAAUUCGGUGGGAAUUGUUCUAUAAUGGCUGUUUUACAUACACUUGUAGUAGAUAUCAUAGAUUCAGACUUACCUCGAAAUUCAGGAGUAUCUCCAGCUACAUUUACCUGUAAUAAUUUCUCGGUUGACAUAAAUGCUAAAGACGUCGCCGAAAUUGAUAAGAAAAGAGAUGAUUGUAACCUUACCAAUAAGCGUCAAUCAAUAGGAAGACUUCAAGAUGCGUUGGAUAAUGUACAAUUAGCUCGACCAAUGACAACCAAAAUGUACUUUACUAUUAAGUGUGAAACUAUUGAACAAUACGUUAACUUGAGCUUAUUAAGACUUGUUCAUCAGCUUGUCACUAUGAUACAGAGAGUUAACGCUACCCAAGCUGCUUUGAAAAUGAAAAAAACGCACAGAAAACAAGAUUCUAAAUCAAGCACUGAUACGACUCAUUCUGUUCAAGACGAAAAAGACCAGCAGCCAUCUUCAUCAACUAUGAGAGAUAAAGCAGAAUCAAAUAGAACAAGUGAAAAAUUGAGCAGUGUAUUUUUGCUUAUGCCUGUUGAAACACCUAAAAUGACUGUGGAUCAACUGGAGCCGCUUCCAGAUGAUAAAUGUUGGAAAACGCUAAAGAAUAUCUUAGACCUUUAUUCAUCUGUUUCCGAUUCUCAAAUGAGAACAAUAACAAGGUCUAAAAUGCAACCUUCAGAAUUAGAUGUUAUAGAUGAAGAACCCGGCGGAACAAAUACUAAGAGCAAAGCAGCUCGUUAUUCUAAUGAAAUAGUACAUAUACCGAUAUUAGCUUUUGGAACAAUGCGAAUUGGAACAAUAAAAUUAAAAGCAAAUGUAUCAGGCUUGCAAUUAGCUUCCGAAGUAAGAACAGUAGACUUGUCAUUAACUCAUAGAAUUAACGUAAGAUCAGAAUCAAGAAAAAAAUUUGAAGAAACAUCAUUUUCAGUUUAUAUAGAUUAUACAUAUGUAUGGUUGCUCGUUGCUGAAACCACAAAGGCUAUUCUGACUAUCAAAUGUCAAAAAUCAAAUGCCUUCUACUCAAAUUUUGGUGCUAUUAGAUCACGCAAUUCAUCUAGAGGCAAAGUUGCAACAAUCAAAGUUGGUAAUGUUUACGUUGAUAUUCCGCAACAUCUUGCAAGCACUCAUGAUAUGAUGUACAAAACUACGGAAAUUGUCUCUCACACACUUAAAGAAUUCAUACCUGAUAAUCUUCAUAGGGAAAGCUCACCCCCUGUUGACGUUUGUGACGCCGCUGUUGAAAAUGCUUUAGACGAUGAUAAAAAGCAAGUUCAAAACGAUAUUGUUCAAAUUAGAGCAAUUCUUGAUGGUUUGGUAAUUGGAGCCUCUCUACUUCCGUCAUUAAGAUCUGAGUACGAAAUUGGUAAAGUUACAGGAUUCGGUUGGACGGGAUCAAAAGCAAAAGCAAGCGUUUCUAUUCCUCAUCAUAAACUUAGCUUCAAAGCAGCUAGAUCAAAUUUAUUUCCGGGUAAUAUCCCACAAGAAGCAUCUGUUGAUCUUCCCCUUAUGAGUCUCGAAGCUGAAUAUAAAGAGAGUAAGAUAAGUAAGAGAGGCGAAGAGAUUGCUGAAGAAUCUGCUUUAAACGAGGGUCUGGACACUAGAACAGGAAAAUACAUAAAAAUGCUGGCAGUUAUACAAAAGUUCAAGCAUUCCUUAAGUAGCGAUCUAUUAAAUCAUUUGGUCUUCAUGCAAAAGACAUUUCGAAACGAAAUAAAUGAAGUUUUAAAUAAAAUAUCAGGUACUGAUAAACCGGUUCCUCUUUUUCAAAGCCGUCAAAAGGCACAAAUGCUUUUCUUCAUUCAUCUUAAACAAGGAGGUAUAGAACUAUUGGCUACAACCACAAAACCAGCUAAAAAUGCAUUAAGAUUAGAAACCAAAGCCAUAGAAAUUCGUCUAUCUAAUCGAGUAAAGAAGGAAAAUCAAUUGUCAAAUUCCCCCGGCAAAGUGUUUCUAACAGCUGAUGUUAAAAAAUUGACAUUAGAAAUCAUUCACAUUCACAAGAAUUACGUAUUCCAAGAAGCUGAACCAGAUUUUGAGUCACUAGCCAGCUUCAGCACAACAAUAAGAGUUCGAAAUGCGCUUGAACACGAAAUGGUUACUGGACCAGAUAUCGGUAAAGAUACCGAAGCCCUCCUUCUGUCCGUUAAUAGACCAGUUAUUGAGGUUCAGCCACCCGCCUUUGACGCCGCGUUUUGGAUUUGGAUCGACUAUAAAAAUGCAUUUGAAUAUUGGAGUGAGCAGCGUUUAGCCCUUGUUAAAAAUGCUUCAACUUCAUUACAGCAUAAACCUCCUACAUUAGCAACCAAGUUAUAUCAACAAACCAGCUCAACUAGCUCAGAUACUACCCGAGUACCUUCAGCAUUGUUUCUUCAAUUAACUGUUGAUGAAUUAUGCAUCUGUUUACCGCUAACAAUACCAAAUAAGCGAACAGUAAGCUUCGAUUCCAAAAAUCUAUUAAUAUUAACUUUAGAUUCUACGCAAAUAUCGGCUUGCUCAAGGGGUUCACUGGUAUCGAAGGGUAAAUUUAAAAACUUUUGUUUGAGAUUCGACGAGGAUGUUUGUUUCCCAGAUGAUUGGAAACCAAGAGAGUAUCCAGUUAUGAACGCUAUGUGCGUUCCAAACGGCACAUAUGAAGUUUGUUCGCAAACUCACGGGCCAGUUAUGGCACCACAGAGACAGAACGCCAAGUGGGUUUUAAAUGUAACGUGGCAAAUGAAAGGCUUAGAUAUUCAUCUUAACACAAGAAUUGGUGAAAAGUUAGCUGCUUUGGGAAAAACCUUGACUUCAUUGGCUGACAAUGGAGCUGUCUACUCGAAUGUAGAUAAUGCUGUUUUAAUUGAGCUUGAAAAACGAAAGAAAAAGCAGGAAUUGCUAGUGGAUGAUUUAAAAGCUACGAAUUGGCCUCCAGAAACUAUAGCAAAAGAAGAAAGGAAAUUAGAAAGAAUCAAGGAACGUCUCAGGCAUUCCUUCUUCAACAGUAAAUUGACUAAGGAUCGUAGGGCCUUAAAAAAGCAAUUAGGUAUAUCAGAAAAACAAAUUCACUGCAGGUCUAAGUCAGUAGGUGGACCUGAAUUACGACGGCAGAGAGCUAUCGAAACCUCCCCUGAUAUUUCUCCAGUGUCAAGUUCGUCUCAUAGUAGCGUUUCGAAAUUGAAUACCCACAAUCGUACACGCAGCGUUGAUGCAGCCUCAUCAUUUUAUUUAAAGGAACUAAAAUCUGUUCAUGUUGAAGAUCGUCUCGAAAUUAUUCCCGAUGACCCAUCUAAAUUUCUAACUGAUUCUUACUCUUCAUCAUCUAGUUCGGAUUUGUCUCUCUCAGAUACAGAAAGUGAAAUAUCAAUAUCAACUAUGGAUGUUGAAGUUGACCAAUUAAAGCGUGUUCUCCACGAUCCAAAUCUAAACGAUAUGAGAAAUGGUACUAAUAGAUCAAGCGUACCUAUUGAAGCAAUAGAUUUUGACUUGGACGUUAAAGUUAGAGUUGAAUCUGGUCAGUGUGUAUUACAUCCUAAGGAGGAAGAUUUAAAAGCGGCGGAAGUUGACGACACAGUUCCAAGUAAACUAGGGAGACCUAGAACAACUAGUAGAGCUUCGAAUACACGCUUAAAAAUUGGUCCAACAGAAACUGACUGUAGAACUGUAUUCCUUCUUCCAGGCGUUGAUAUUAAAGUCCGCUAUGAUUCGAAAACUGACCCAGAAAAAGAAUCAAACAAAAAAUCAGGUAAUUUAUAUUGUUGGUUUACGCUAGAGCGCCUCUCAGAAGAGAUGGUUAUUAAGACAUUCCUGUUAGACUUUCUCCAUCAAGCUUUAGAAAAUGUGCCAAUAGUCAGUAACACAACAUCAGAAAGUCCCAGCACUGAUGGGUCAGCAGUUGAUAUUGGGGAAACAACUCUAAACGCAGCCGAAUCUUUUCCGGUUGAUGUUGUUGUCUAUGUUAGAGUUGACCCAUCAACAAUACGAUUUAGUUGUUUACCAGCCGAAAGGAUUGAAUGUAAACUUGGUAUGCCGUCCUUGGACAUUGUUUUCUCCACUAGAAAAGAUUAUAACGCUGAUAAAUCUGGCGGAUUAAGCGUUACUGCUAGCUUUGCUGAUUUCUCUUUAAAAAUCUAUCAUCUUUUUAAUAUGCAUAAAAAGAAUGCUGACGAGUCUUCGGAUACAACAAUAUAUUCACUAGUAGUUAAUGUUAAGUUCGUUCGACUUAGUCUAUCAAGAACAAGACGACCCGACGAAGGUUUACAACCGAUAUCAAGCAUUGUUCGCUUUUCAGCCUCAUGCGAUAUUGGAGAUUCAAAAUUUGAAUUCGAUAUGAAACGCUUACAGGAUAUUCUUAAUUUCCCAAAACACUGGUACAGAUCAAGUUUGGCUAGACGUUUGUUUCUGGGAGAGGAGAAGAAAGAAAAUUUAGACGUUGAAGUACCUAGGCCUACUUUAACUAAAUCAAAAAGCUUAAAUCCUACGAAAAAAUGGGAAACGCGAGUAUUAUUCACAGCUAGAUUCUCUAAAUUGGAUGUAGACGUAAAAAUCAUGUUGGGGAAAUUACACUGGAGCACUGUUGGCCCUAAUUGUCAAGGUCGUUUAAAUGUUGAUUCAACUGGAUUUAAAGACAUGCAAAUAAAAGCUGGUUUAAAGGGAUCAAAAAUUCAAUGUUCUACCGUAGUUAUUUCCGGUUCCCUUCAAGUUCGAAAUGUUUAUGGAGAUGUAAGAAUAGUCGAAGGUGGAAGAGGAAUGAAACUAACACCAACGCACUCGGCUGAAUUUAACUUAGAAACCUUGGAAACGAGAAUAGAGUAUAUGAGCACUAAUAUUCUUCUAGGUCGUCUGAAUGACUUUUGCCUGUUAUUGAAGGAUGAAUGGGUUAUAUUGAAAAGCGAUGAUACAACACCAACUUCUUGUGAUUCUACUAGGGAACGAAAGGGAUUGGUGAAUGUUACAGUAUUAGGAAAACUUCUCUGGGAUAAAUUACACCUUAUGUUGACAAAAAGAACAACGCCAGAUCUCAUUGCGGCGGUUAAUCAGAUUACUCAAAGAAUUAUUUCAGAAUACGUAAAUUCAAUGAAGAUAUUUGGUAUUAGAGAAUCAAAGAAUAUCGACAAAUCCGCUGAUCAUGGAGAUACAGAUUCGUUAACAAAGGAAAUACGAUACCAUAGGCACUGGCAAACUGUAUUGGAAAUGAUUCGCUCUUUUCGUUACGAUGUUAAUGGAACUUUGACAUUGCAGGGAAAUAAUUUGUCCUUGGCCUGUUUUGAUGGCAGUUCUUUUCAGGCCAAAAACUGGGUUAUAUUUACCCUCGAUGAACCGACGAUAUCGUUUGACACAAACCCUAGAGAUAAUGUAACCUGUUUAGAAGACCUUGAUGGACCGAAUGCUAUAGUUUGUCAAUCAUUAAAUUUUCAACUUGGUCACAGUAUGAUGAAAGAAAAUGUAAGUCGUAUUAUGGCGACCAUCUGUCGUGUGACAAGAAGUGGAGAAGGUAUUAAAAAUAUGGCCUCAUCGGUUAGAAUAUGGUUUGAUUAUGCAUUCGGUUGCAAGGAUCUUCCCGGUUUGACCGACUUUCCAUUAUAUGACGACGAAACCGAAACGGAAGUUUCUCGCGAUAAAAAACGUAAGCCCUAUCAGCAUGACACAGAAAUUAUUUUCUUAAUGCCUGCUUUAAUGAUGUAUCUACUAACUGAACACCAUCAAGAGCAUAAGGAACCAACCUUAGAAGACCCUAAGGCAGAUGUCGAUUGUAAAUUUGUUACAGAUUUUUACGACGAUAUAAGUGUAACUAUCAAUGCUGGUGCACUCAUGUUUCUUGGUGAACUUAUCAUAAAGUAUAUCGAUACUGUUGAGCAAAGUGACCUACGACAGCGCAAAUCCGAUAUUAAAAGUCCAACAAGCGUUCUAAAGGAGGAUCAAAGAAAUUUCCGUUGUAUUAGCUGGCGUCUUGAACCAACUAUUAAAAUGUUGGUCGGAAAACAAUCAUGUGAACCUUUUGGAAUAGACAGAAUCCUCAAGUAUUUGGGCGUAAAGCAUGCGAGUAAAACUAUUCCAACCUGGAUGCAGCGUGGAGUUUUGGAUCCACUUGAUAAAUUUGUUAGCGUACUUAUGCAUAGACUACUCAGUUCUCUAAAAACGCAUAUUCGUGACAAACAAUGGUCUUGA